GCCGCCCGAGCCAAUCGCCGUCGCCGGGCUCUCCAUGGGCGAGCGGGAGGAGGGGGCGGUGGGCGCAGCCGGCCGGGCCGCGGCCGCUCCGAGGUGAACGGCGCCGAGACGCGCUCGCGGCGCGGGGAGGCCGGGCGCGCCGCCGCGAUGAAUUCCGCCGAGCAGACCGUUACGUGGCUCAUUACCUUGGGCGUGCUGGAGUCGCCCAAGAAAACCAUCUCGGACCCGGAGGGCUUCCUGCAGGCGUCUCUGAAGGAUGGGGUGGUCCUCUGCAGGCUGCUGGAGCGCCUGCUGCCCGGGACCAUCGAGAAAGUCUACCCGGAGCCCCGGAGCGAGGGCGAGUGCCUGAGCAACAUCCGCGAGUUCCUGCGAGGCUGCGGGGCGUCCCUGCGGCUGGAGACGUUUGAUGCAAACGAUUUGUAUCAGGGGCAGAAUUUCAACAAGGUCCUCAGCUCCCUAGUGACGCUGAAUAAAGUAACAGCAGACAUCGGCCUGGGGAGUGACUCCGUGUGCACCCGGCCCUCCUCACACCGGAUCAAGUCCUUUGACUCCCUGGGACCACAGCCUGCGCACGGCCGGACUUCACAGUUGUUCCAGGGCCAGUACCGCAGUUUGGACAUGACCGACAACAGCAACAAUCAGCUGGUCGUCAGAGCCAAGUUUAACUUCCAGCAGACGAAUGAAGACGAGCUGUCCUUCGCGAAAGGCGACGUCAUCCACGUGACGCGGGUGGAGGAGGGGGGCUGGUGGGAGGGCACGCACAACGGCAGGACCGGCUGGUUCCCCAGCAACUACGUGCGCGAGGUCAAGCCCAGCGAAAAGCCCGUGUCACCCAAGUCCGGAACCUUGAAGAGCCCUCCCAAAGGAUUCGAUACGACCGCCAUUAACAAGAGCUACUACAAUGUGGUGCUACAGAAUAUUUUGGAAACUGAAAAUGAAUAUUCUAAAGAACUUCAGACUGUGCUUUCAACCUACCUGCGGCCCCUGCAGACCAGCGAGAAGUUGAGUUCAGCAAACACGUCACAUUUAAUGGGAAAUCUAGAAGAAAUAUGUUCUUUCCAGCAAAUGCUUGUACAGUCUUUAGAAGAAUGCACCAAGAUGCCGGAGGCCCAGCAGAGGGUCGGGGGCUGCUUCCUCAGCCUGAUGCCGCAGAUGAAGACCCUGUACCUGGCAUACUGUGCCAACCACCCGUCGGCGGUCAGUGUCCUCACGGAGCACAGUGAGGAGCUGGGAGAGUUCAUGGAGCUGAAGGGCGCCAGCAGCCCGGGGAUUCUCGUGCUGACCACCGGCCUCAGCAAGCCGUUCAUGCGCCUGGACAAGUACCCCGCGCUGCUCAAGGAGCUGGAGAGACACAUGGAGGAUUAUCACCCAGACAGACAAGAUAUUCAGAAAUCCAUGACUGCCUUCAAAAACCUUUCAGCGCAGUGUCAGGAGGUGCGGAAGAGAAAGGAGCUGGAGCUGCAGAUCCUGACGGAGGCCAUCCGCAGCUGGGAGGGCGAGGACAUCAAGACCCUGGGCAGCGUCCUCUACAUGUCCCAGGUCCUGAUCCAGUGCGCCGGCAGCGAGGAAAAGAAUGAAAGAUAUCUUCUACUCUUUCCAAAUAUUUUGCUAAUGUUGUCUGCCAGUCCUAGGAUGAGUGGUUUUAUAUAUCAGGGAAAGCUACCAACGACAGGAAUGACAAUCACAAAGCUUGAGGACAGUGAAAACCAUAGAAACGUGUUUGAAAUAUCAGGGAGCAUGAUCGAGCGGAUCUUGGUGUCCUGCAGCAACCAGCAGGACCUCCACGAGUGGGUGGACCGCCUGCAGAAGCAGACGAAGGCCGCCUCGGCGGGGAACCCCAGCAGCAAGCCUCACUCGGUGCCGUCACACACCCUCCCCUCCCACUCCAUCACCCCGUCCAGCAAGCAUGCGGACAGCAAGCCCGUGCCGCUGACACCCGCCUACCACACGCUGCCCCACCCCUCCCACCAUGGCACUCCACACACCACCAUCAACUGGGGGCCCCUGGAGCCUCCGAAGACCCCCAAGCCCUGGAGCCUGAGCUGCCUGCGACCCGCACCCCCCCUGCGGCCCUCGGCUGCCCUCUGCUACAAGGAGGACCUGAGCAAGAGUCCCAAGACCAUGAAGAAGCUGCUGCCCAAGCGCAAGCCGGAGAGGAAGCCCUCGGACGAGGAGUUCGCGCUGAGAAAGAGCACGGCCGCGCUGGAGGAGGAUGCCCAGAUCCUGAAGGUCAUCGAGGCCUACUGCACCAGCGCCAAGACGCGGCAGACGCUCAACUCAACAUGGCAAGGCACUGACCUGAUGCAUAAUCACGUCUUGGCUGACGACGACCAGUCAAGUCUAGACUCCUUGGGUCGUCGCAGCAGCCUCUCCCGUGUGGAGCCUUCAGACUUCUCGGAAGACUCUGACUAUGACAGUAUAUGGACAGCCCAUAGUUACAGGAUGGGGUCUGCAUCUCGUUUGUGAUCUAAGUGCCAGCGACGUGGAGGAGACUCUGGCCUUCCGUACAGGGACGUAAUUGUGUGUGUGUGCGGGACGCGGCGGUCCAGUAGUUGUGGAGAGAUGAGAAGAACCCUGUCUCCAGAGCUGAGUCCAGACCGGACGGCCGAGUGCUCGGCUGCCCUGGGUGCCCAGGAGGAACCUCCGUCAGCGCGGCGGAUGUGAGCUCUGGGCCUGCGCAGGCGCGCGAGGGGCACGUCCACACCCCGCAGAUGGCCAGCUCCGGGCCCCACUUCCCCGCAGGCCAGACACCUGCCCAUCACCCCCAGACUUCUGUUAGUUGGAGGAGUCUCUCUUAGAAGGCACUUGGCAAGCCGGUGCCCCUGAAGUGCAGGGCGGGAGUCCAGCCUCUGAGCGCGAGGGUCAGGCUGUGUGUGUACCCAGGAAGCCUGGCCGCCCCGACUCCCAGGUCCGAGCCCGUGGCCUCUGGGCACACUGGCUUGUUUUCAGAUGCAGGGACACUCCCUUCACAGCCCCAGUGGAACAUCGCCCUCACUCUCGGCUGUCAUGGCGAUGCGAGUCCCCAAAAGUUUACCAAGUUGCUGUGUAACACGCUUAUGAGACUCUCUCAGAUCUGGGGAUGCCCCUGCUUCCCUGGGGUUUGUUGUGGGAGCUUCUCACUGCCCUCCCUUGGACUGGUUCCUGCUUCACGAGAAACUGACUGUGCCCCAUGGCACGCGCUUGUGGCACCAGUGCACACGUGGCCCACGCUGGGCGGGAGGGCGAGGCCCCUCCCCUCACACUCAGCUGUGCAUUAGGGACGCCCGAAGCCAGCCUCAGAAAGCAAGACGCCGUGACAGUGGGUUGGCGUUCCCCUCCCUGUGCCCUCUGCGCCCGCCUCUGCCGGCACCAGGUGUGCAGGGUUCCGAUCUUGUUUGCACGGAGUGGCCGUGAGCCGGCGCCCUGCACCCUGUGCCCGGGCAGCUGGCCGCCUGUGCUCGGCACUGGUCCCUGCGGCCCUCCCGGGGUCCCGGCAGGGGCUGUGCUGGAGGGCCAGUGCCAUAGGCAGGGGCUCCUUAGGAAAACCAGGAGUCGCACACGCCCGUCUGUCCCCGAGUGUCUGCUGAACUGCUUAGGCCACCUGGAGAGUUGAUAUUUUUGUAUCAGUUAGUGUAAAUAAGAAAGUUGAGGAGCAGUCUUUUAGAUUUAGUCGGAGCCCAGUAUUCAUCCGUGGGAGAGAGGAGAUUAUAUACCUUCAGCCAAGUAGCAAAUGGAGUUAUGGGAGAAGUACGGUCACUGCGAGGCUCACAUGCUUCGUGUUGUGCAGUGAACUCAGAAGCGCCUGUUUUCCUUCACGUCACGUCAGGCGACGUCACAGCUCUCCAGACGCUCACAGUGCAGGUCUUCUCUCUGCUCAGAGCCUGUGAGUGGGGCGGGCCGGGCCUCGGUGCACGCGGGUUUGCAGGCCAUGUGCUCUGUGCGCCUGGGUUUCUCUUGAACGCCAGAUGGGUUUUCCUGACAUUGAUGUUCCAAACACCAAAGUUUUCCUGUUUCCCAUAAUUCCUGUUUGUGCCAAUUAAAGCCAUUUUGACAAUGAUUUUCUGUUGAUGCUAACUAAGAUCACUACAGAAUGACCACCUGGCUGGCUGGCUGGUUUUAUUCUGAAGUCUGGCACCAUUUGCCCUUGUGACGUAGUUGGAAGUAUUCGUACCACUGGCUUGAAAGCCAUUCUCACGGGGCUGAGGCGAAGGAGCGCCAUGGCCAGUGUUUCCACUUUUGCGGAACUUCAGUCGUGCUGAACCAGUACCUGUGUUUCUGCCAUUCUGUAAUAUCUCUGUGUACAGUUAGUAUUAUAACGAAAGGGGGAAGAAUCUGAACUAGAAGGUAGGUUUAAGCCAUUCCCAGACCCUUGGCCAGCGGCUCGAAUGGUGUUCCCACUGAACUGAUGCCACGAGUCUAUGAGCUGUAUCAUGUGUUCUGCGUAAAACUGCCAAAACACAGGGGUGUGUAUAGUGCUGAAGACCUUGGAGAAAGUCUGCGUGCUGUGCUCACCCUGAGCGGGAGGGCCGCUCUCCGUGGGCGCCUGCCGCGCUGGACCCAGUCGGACAUGUACCUGGGUGUUCAUUGUACAGUAUGCAUACUCCUGUUUGUGGCUGCAUAUGGCAACGAAGUGUUUGUUUUAUAUUCAAAAAGAAACGUCUGUUAUGUACAGUUGAAAUAAAUUUUGCAUUUGCUAGCCUCUGGCUUCUAAUAUGUGUUACAUGGAGGGGAGGUUGGGGUCGGGGAGCAGAAUUCGCAGUUUACUGUGGUUUGGCUGUUUGGAACUAGCAGGUUCCGCAGGACGGCAGGGCGGUGCUCGCCUCGUACCUGCCUCGGUGGCAAAGCCUGCACUUUCUCAGGUUAAAAAUGUUCUAGAUGAUGCACGACUCUUCUUCUCAUGUUUAUGUCAUGUUUCCCUCUAAUUCUUUUCUUAAAGAAAUUUUCGCUCACUGGGAGGUUUGUCUUCAGAAAGAAGAGCUCUCUCUUUCCUCUCUUUUGGUGGAGUCAGGGGUGCGCAUAAAUGGAAAAAAGCCCACCCUUCAGUGUUUUUUUUUCCGUAGACUAAGGUCUCAGGUUUUAAGUUUUUAUUUGUAGAGCGCGUGUCUAGCUGACCAGGAAAAGCAGAACAGGAGGAAAAGAAGUGCCUGUGGCAGGUCCGGGACCGGGCCAGGGUGCAGGUGGUGCCCGGGUGCGCAUCCUUUCUGAAGAGGGGCCUUGUGCUUUUCUUUUGUGUCUUCCUAAGAAAAACGAAUUGGAACCUUAUCACAGCCAGAAAUAACAGAGUGGCCUGAUGGAGAGAUCUUACUAAGUGGAAUUUUUUAAAUGUUCGCAUUUUGUCUUAUGCUGAAAGUUACUCCGGUUUCUGUGAGUUAUAAGAAGUCAUGUGAAUCGUGCUGUAAAGGUACUCCACCCCUGGCCAGAGAAGCGGACGCUUGCUUCUGAAAGACCCUCCAUGGUCUUCAGGGUCUCCAGGCGGCCGACCCCCGGCCCGGACCCACGUGCACAGCGCAGCCCCUGGGUUUGGAACUGCAGGCCAUCGGGGGUGCCACCCGGGGGUGGCCUGCCAGCCAUGACAGCGCCCGGGUCAAGGCCCUCUGCUUGCUGUCCGGGCAGGCCCUCUGUCCACGAGGUGGGGUGCUGCACCCGUCCGUGUUCUCAAGCUGAGCUCCACGGCCCCCUGGGGACCUGUGACAGACUCAGGGGACAGGUGCUCAGUGGGUCUCCAGCUGCCAGGUCACCUGUCCCAGGGAGUUCACGGGUCCCCAGCGCCUGCUGCACCCCCAGCUGAGGGCGCAGAGCGACCCCUGCUGGCGGCAGUGCUUGUCGGCCGGCGUCGGCCGCGUUUGCCCUGAGGAAGAGCCCUGUGCCGAGCCUCAGCAGAGCCGCGCAGUGCGUGUGCGUGUGCUCACAGACACGUGCAGGGGCGUGUGCUGGCUCACAUUCCUCAGAAUGUCAGCCAGAAAGCUGCAAAAUGUUCCUCUUGAUGAUGGAGGAAGUAUUCAGCACUCAGAUUUAGGGAGUGCUGAAUUCAGGUUAAAUGGGUAUUUUUGCUGGAAAUCUUAAGCACUGUGAACCUCCAGGAAGUGGUACAGCGUUCAGCAUUUUCCACAGUGAGGUGCUGCAGAAUCCCGGUGGUCUCCUGGAAACACAGAGCUCUGUGUUGAGCACGGAGUUGGGGAGACACAGGCCCUGUGUGUGCUGCGCCUCCGUGAGCACACGCUCCUGUGUCUCGGCCCGUCAGUGGACGCUUUCAGAGUGACAGCCGUCUUCGGAGGCUCUGCUAUGGAAUUCUUUUUCCAGCCUAACUAAUUCAGAGAAGAUUUGCUGUCAUGCCUUUAAAAAUACUGAACUGAUCUUGGAGAAAGCUUGUUAAAUCUGCCUGCUUUCUAGAGCUUUGUUCUCGUAGAAACAGUUGACUUAUUUAUAAGCUUGGCUUGAGAAUAUUCUUUUGUUGUUUUGCUGAAAGACUUGCAAUUUUUUUUCAGUUGUUUCACAAGAGUAUGUUGAAACUAGGCAGCCUGUGGAGCUCUGUGCAGGCUGAGGGGUAAUCUCCACGCACAAGCCUCCUGGCACACCACGCACGGCCUCAGUGGCCUUCUCAUGUCGGUGCGUUUCAGGAACCCAGCCACUGACACUUCUGUCCGUCACGUAGCCUUCUCCUGCUCUCGCGUGCUUUCAGCGCAUUUGCCGAAAUGCGAACCGGGUCCUUCUUGCACGUGUAGCUCUUGGAUCAGGUCUCACAGUCACCUCACAUCGUGGAGGGUGUGGUUACGAAGUCAUCUGGCAGAAGAUAGCUGUCUAAGUGGCCUCUGCGGAGGUGGUGGGCCUUGCUCUCUUUUUGCGGCUGAUGGAGUUGAGGCUCCGAGCUUUGGUGUCAGGCUGAAGUUUCCCGAGGCCCGCAGCCCCAGCCCCUGCACAGCCCUGCUCCUCGGAGUGGACACCGCCGCCCCCUCCACCGCGCUCCUGUUCUGCAUAUCAUUUGAAGACUUCAUUGCUGCCAACGCGCAAUGUAAAUAGGUUGCCUCGGCUUUGAAGCUAGAAGGUGGAAAAAUAAUUGAGAAGCAUAGAAUUUAACCUUCCUAAAGCACUUACGUGAAAAAACACAUUCAGCCUGUGGUCUCAUUAGCUAGUUCUGGUGAAGAAACGUGUUACAGGCUGCCCGUGACCGGCCCACCCUGGUGGCCUUGGCCCGACCGUGGCACACAGCUUCCGGGGCAGAGCAGGUAACAGUGGGGACGCCCGGGGCGCCGGGCUCCCAGGUCACCCACCUGCUUCUGUAUACAGGGAAACCAAGUGGAGCCCUUUGCUCCCUGACGUGUGGUCCACACAGCAGAGUCCUUAGGAAUACUUGCCUGUUUUCAGGGAAAAUGGCACGCUGCCUCCUCCCAGUAGGAGCAUGGCCGACGCUGGCGCUGGUGUCGGGAGUGCAGGCACCUGGCCCUUCAGAUUCUUAACCCAGCGGCCUCUGGGCCUCAGUCGCGUUUCCCGUGUGCGUUUCCUCCCUAAGCAGUACUUCUGCCCGUGGCCCAGACAUCCCAGAAGUGUGUGCUGAGAAAGGCCCGGAAGACAGCGUGGCCGCAGCCCCGCGCAAGGCCCCUGGAGCCGGUCACCGCCGUCAGCAGGACGAAGCCUUUCAGGACGUGUCCGUCCCCAGGCCCAGGGCUCGGAGGACCUGGCAAGCCUGCAGGCCGGCCGCUGUGCCGGGCGGGCUGUGAGCUGGGCGCUGCCCGCGCCCGCCCGCCCAUGGAGCUGCCGCUGCAGGACCCGCGUCUCGCUGCGAGCAGCGCCGCUGGUGGAGGGCCGUCUUGAACAGCAGCCGACAAGUUCACACACAGACGUGCUGCGGUGCAGGAGCGCCUUCCGGCCGUGGCAGGGUCCCAAGCAGUCCCCGUGGGUAUAACACUGACCUCCGAGGCCGUGUGGACGCCGUGCCUUGGCUGGUGUGGGAGACUCUCUGACCCGUUGGCGCUGUAAAGUGGCGCUGUGCCUCCCCGGGCCGGGCGGCCUCCUCCCUCUCAGGCCAGACGCUGUGCUUUAGCUCGGCCUCCCUGUCUGCGGGACGGGGCUGGAGCCGGGCUUUGCAGACGCCCGCACGGCAGCCAGCAGGGGCACCCAGCCCCGUGAACCAGACCCUCCUCUCUGUCGCCGGCCUCCCCGGGAGUGAAGGGGGCGCUCGGUCCCCACGUGAGGAGCGUCGUGGGAGCCCCGUGUCAGCAGCGUCGACAGCCGCCACAAGCCCUGUUCUUUCAGAGGAGGGAGCGCUUGUGGUAGAUGAGAUGUUGGUGGACCGUCAAGUCCCGUCCUGAAAGCCUGUGUUGUGCCGAACGCUCGCCACGUGAGCACGCCCGGGGCCCUCGUCCAGUGUGACGGACCUUUGGGAAGGCAAACAGAGGGUCAAGCAGGGAAGACGAGGUCGGGCGAGCCGAAGCGCUGUCUCCGUGGUUAAAGCGUGUGCACCAAACAGCCAGGUGGAUGGUAUUGGCGAGAAAGCUGCGUUUAUCACAGUGACCACCAGCAGGGGCCACGGUGGGUCGCGUCCUGCCUUGGAUGUGCAUCUGACGUCAUUUUCAAAACGUGGAAUGAUGCACAUCAGUGCUGUGUAACUUUAAAAAGGUGGUUUUCUUCCUUGCACCCUUAAAUGAGGUUUGAUUCUCGUUAAUUUCUGAAGAGCCUGUUUUGCAGUAAUGGUUUCUCUGGCCACUGUCCUGGGUAAGCUUUUGUGCUGGGUCUUGGUUAAAUGACAUAAAUAUUCCUCUAAUAUUGUAAACAGUGUUCCUCUUUUUGGAAAAAUGCUUAUAUUCCAGGGAAUGUAAAUACAAUUUUCAUAAGAAGAUCAGUAAUAAACUCUUUCUUAACCACGUGCUAUAACACUUUUAGCUGUUGCUCUGGAGUUAAAUGUUUUAAGGACCAGUUCACUGACUUGAUAAAUAUAGGAAUAUGUCUUCUGCGUGAUCUGAUGGUUCUUCCUAAGAUUCUUGGAAUAAAAUGGCACAAAAUUUGAUUGAUUUGAAUAUCCCCCAGUAGUUUGAUUAUUUCCUCCAAAAUGCCCAAGUCAAUAUGGUCAGAAUCUUCAACUUUACUACGUGUUGAAAAUUUUUUAAAGAUCCAUAAUCCAGAUCCAGAAACUGAAGCUCAGUAAAUUGCAAAAAAAAAAAACAAAAACGCUAACCUUUUCUUUGCCCUGUCGUGCUAUGGGCUUGAAGAAGGCUUGGCUUCAGUCUACAGAGGGAGAGGAAGUUGGUAAAGGUUACUCAUCCCCAUUUUAUCUAGAGUAUGUAUUUCUUAACAUACUGGAAUUAACACCUGGAAUUUAAUAUUAAUAAUCAAGUAGUGUUGUAUAGUCAAGUUCUUAUAGUUCUGCCAUGGUAUUUACCUGUGGGUUUCUUUUUUUUUUUUUUAAACGAUGACAGGUUCACGCAAAGAAUCUGCUCCGCAAGUUUUGCUUCCAGAAGAAGAGAAAAUUAUAGUUGAAGAGACUAAAAGUAACGGUCAAACAG